AUGCCCCGCUCUACACGCCAUGCCUCGCGAUUAAUAACUCGCAUGCAGGAUGAACCCCAGUCUCCCGAUCCAACUGUGGAAGAUACUCCCACCUUCAAGAGUAGAUUGGAAGAACUUCAUUCUCUCUGCAAGAAGCUUUACCAUAAGUACGACGCGCCGAGAGGCUCCUGGCGUCAAGGGGACCCACCCCCUGUCGCUGAACCCGAACACACCAAGGGCAGAGGUACCGGCAGCAAGGUCGGCCGCAGAGAGGCUAUUGAGCUCUGGAGUACGUGGCCCUUGGUGUCUGGCAUCUGGAACCCGAUACAGGACGGAUGGCCACCGUACGGAGUCCGACUGACAGACGCUUGGAUGUACCUUGCGGCGAAGCACCUCAGUAAUUCCGAGCGCCAUAAGAAGUUUCCCGGCGACUUUGACCAGAAUGGAUUGAUUCGACAGAGCAGAUUGCCGAGCGGCCCUACCUACCUCGUCUCCGCACACGGGAUGCUCGUGUAUCCGAUUUACAAGGGCUAUUAUGUUCUGUGUGGGGAAGCCGGAAGGAAAUACUGUACCUGGCUGCUCCAGAGCCAGUCUGAAGCGGUGGGCAAUAAGUUCAGCUUCAAAUCGAUCAUCGUCGGACCAGUCAUACCGCCGACUGGCACUCGCUCCACACAUGUCUUUGAGUUGCAACGCCAUGUCCCCCUCAGUAACUCCGGCACUGAUGCUGCAGCGGGGCUCGUCAGCGAGGAACCGAUCUGCUGGACAGUCUUUCUGAACGAUAUGGUCCUGAAGUAUAACAGGCCCAAUACCUAUCGAAUAGUGCCCUUCGCACAGCUGAAGCCACAUCCCUCCUGUACAGGGUCUCCGCGCUCCGAUAAGCUUGUCAACCGCCCAGGAGGUCUACCUACAGCGAGCAACCCCCCUGCGUCUACCGACGUUAGCAACCCAGCCAAGCAGAUUGUCCCGGUGUCCAGCCCCCUCCGCGCUGCAACUCCUGUUGCCGCAAACGCUGAUUGUCCUGGCAACCCCAAUCCUGCACGAGAAGCUGUCGUUUCCACCAGCCAGGUUACUGUUGGGCCCAGGGUCGAGAUCUUGGAUGUAAAAAGAAACGGCAAGCGCUCCGGCAUGGAAGAUUCGUCACAGCCAGGCGAACCACCUAGCACUGAUCACCGCCACCACGAACAACAACCCACCUCUGAAAUCCAAGAUAUCGACGGCAACGAUCGGAAGCGCCGCCGUACCGCCCAGGACCGACCAUUCUUGUCCGGACUACGAGAGUCCAUCGAGCUGGCCAAAAAGCGAUGUGCUGCGUACAUUGCCUCUGCUAAGGCGGCAGAGAAGCUCCAUGAGCAAUAUUUAGAGUCGGUUCCCCAGCGGGAAGAGGAUCACAACGCUUAUGUUGAGUCUGCUCUCGGGGCGGUCAACCACAUCGAGGAGUGUGCUGCCUGUCUCUGGAAGGAACUGGGCGACAGCGGUAAUGAUGAGGAUCUUGGCAAAGGCGAUGAAUCUGCAGUUGGAGAGAAGCAGUCGACGGAAGAGGGCAGAAUGGUAGGUGAGGUGAACGAGGACCAUGAAGAUUAG